AUGGCCUUAAAGGAUGCCGACGACUUUGGUCAGGGUCGUAUGAACCAGUUGGGUGGCGUGUUCAUCAACGGUCGUCCGCUGCCGAACCACAUCCGUCUGAAGAUCGUGGAGAUGGCGGCGGCGGGAGUGCGGCCCUGCGUCAUCUCGCGCCAGCUCCGCGUCUCGCACGGCUGCGUCUCCAAGAUACUCAAUAGAUACCAGGAAACGGGCUCCAUACGUCCCGGUGUGAUUGGUGGGUCCAAGCCAAGAGUUGCAACUCCUGAAGUUGAGAACAGGAUAGAAGAGCUGAAGAGACAAAACCCAGGUCCAUCAUCUUGUGAAGACUCAGAUACCGAGUCGGAGCCAGGAAUCACGUUGAAGAGGAAACAGCGAAGGUCUAGGACCACCUUCUCAGGAGAUCAGCUGGAAGCUUUGGAACGCGCUUUCACCAGGACUCAAUACCCUGAUGUAUACACUAGAGAGGAACUCGCACAGAAAACCAAGCUAACUGAAGCUAGAGUUCAGGUAUGGUUUUCUAACCGGAGAGCUCGACUUCGAAAACAAUUGAACUCGCAACAACUGAGCGCCUUCAACACGAUGUCCCUGCAGUCUGCGUUCCCAUCUGUACACCAACAAUAUGAGCCUCCAUCUACAUUUAACGCACAAUGUGCAUCAUGGCAACAAUCAUAUUCAUCAGCAUUAGGCUCCAGCUCCGUCCUGAACUCAGCUCUAGCUCCUUCCCUUCACCAAUCAGCAUUGACUGCUCCUUCUGUAUGCCAGUCAGCGCUUGCAGCUUCCAGUCUCCAUCCCCCAACGUCAAGUUCAUUCUCCUCCGGCAAUCUUACUCCCCUUUCCCACUCUUCAGAACUUGCUACUCCCUUGCAAGCACCAACUGAACCAACUCCUCCGAGCUCGAGUCCCUCAACGACGAGUCCUUCUGCAAACCAAAGCAGUGCACUCACUUACCAACAUUCAACAUACGCGAAUCCAAGUGAACCUGUAUCUCACCCGUAUGGAUAUGGAGACUACUCCAAGCAAGAGCACGCCAUGUCAGCGCACAACCACUGGACCACCAGGCAACUCAGCGGACACGCGCAAAACAAACUCGCAGAAGUCAGCGCCUGGCCUGAAAACUAUAGUUCAUUCUUCGGCACCAACGCGUCUCAUUACGCCUCGCACGCGCAUUCGCCCACUGAAGCCAAAUCCGGCUACCCUUACUUAGGCCAACUUGGGGGUAUGGAUAUGGGCAGAGUGCACUAGAGAACCAGAUAAAUGCCUUACGAAAUAAUAGUUUUUAUUACAUUGUAUUUAGAUUCACAAUACAUGGUCCAGAUCAUAUCGAAAUGUGCCUUCAUAAUACCGAAUCUAAUAUUUCUUUAUUAAAGAAUAUUUAUAUUUACAACGACGCAAUAAAGAUGUACAUAUAAUGUUAUCCGAUAGAUAUUUUCAGAGCCUUCAUUAGUAUUUUCUAUAUCAUAGAGAUGUGUUGUAUAAUACGUAGUUUCGUAGUAUGUUUUAUAUUGAAUAAUGUUUAAUGGUUCCUCAACUAGAAUGCGCCCACUAAAUACAAAUUUUCCCUUAGAUACUACCCUAUUUUAGAUAUAGAUCGUUGCUACAUUUUAUAAGUUGUUAUAAUGUAUAUUGUAUUUUAGAUAUAAUCAAUGUUAGUAAAAAAAUGUUGAAUUAAUGUUUCAAAAUAUCAAUAGACAUGUAACUUUCCUAAUAAUUAAAUAUAAUACAUAUAGUUGCUAAAAGAUAGACG